AAAUGAGGAGGCAUUCUUGGCUGAUCGCGCACACUACUCAGUAGCUUGCUUGAGCUUGUCUGCUCCUACUAUGUUAGCUAAUAAAUGGUGCAUAGCAUAAAGAAACUUAAGGGAGAAAGAAAAAUGAAUUCAAAGCCUGAUUGGAGAAGAUCUAUAGGAAAACCACUGAAAAGAUUGACAUGCUUAAAGAUUAUGUAACCUCCACAAUGGCUGUCAUCAUAAUGGGAGUAGGGGCAGGGGUUUUUAUCCUUGCUGUUAUAUGGGUUUUGUCUUUGCUGACGUGCAUGUUGUUAUCUCGGUCAGGAAGCAUGACCAGCUGGCUUUCGAUUAUAUUGAUUUUCCUCCUCACAUUGAUGAUCACAGUAAUCCUCGUAUUCUUUCCUCGAACCAAGGAAACACCUGAGCCGGUGACUAAAGAUGUGAUUUAUGACAGUUUCUUCAUUGGCCGCUAUAGUCUGCUGUGUAUACUGAUUGUGGCAUUCCUGGCAGGCCUGAUUCUACUCUUUCCCCAUUAUCUAGUUGAGCAUGUGGAAGCUAAACGCCUUCGAAAUUGAGAAAUGGUCUGGAGAACCUCUGUAUUUUAUAUGUGUAUGUUUUAAAGCAGCAUUUACUCGUUAUAACUUUUUAGCAAGUUUAUUUUUGUGAACUCUGUGAGGUGAAGAUAUUGUAACAUCUGGUGGGGAAUGGCAGACCUGUAAUAAUCUGCAAAUGAAAUACCCCAUGAAUCAUCUAUUGCUUUUAUUUCUCUGCUAUUUCCCAGGAGUCUGGGAAGGGAGUCUAAAGUAUUUCCCUUGAAUGGAGCAGCAUUUUAUUGAGGAAAAUACUGUCUCUGAGGUCAGGCAUCAAUGUGGAGAAUGUAACUAGCUUAGAAUCAUAGAAAUUACAGCACAGAAUAAAACCAUUUGACCCUUAUAGAACUAGGCUUAGCUGAGUUUCGCCACCAUCCUCUGAUUCAGUAGACUAAAAGUGCUAGUGCAUGAAGAGCAGCCACUUGAAGAAGAUACUAGAAGGCAGCCAGCACUCGACAGUCUGUGGUUAUACCUGAAAGAAGGAGAGAAUAUUGAGGAAAGAAGUAUUCUUUGUUUAAACAUGAGGAUUCCUUCACUGCAGACUCAUGGAAAAUCCAGAUUCCAAAUUUCCAACUCAAAUGGAGUAUAUGUUAUUGCUUACAAAUAAUCAGAACCUGAGAGGCACUGCUUACAGACAUUGUCUCAUCCUGCGUUCUCACAGCCAGGUCCUGAUUCUCCCCAAAGGCCUCUCUGGUGAACCUAUAUAAAACUUCAGUAAGACCACAGUUGGAUUACUGUGUGCGGCUUUUGGCUCCGCACAAUAUUGAGGAUGUUGAGGCAUUAGAGAGGGUCCAGCAUAGAUUCACUGGGAUGCUGCCUGCUAAGUGAAAUGCAAAUAGAAAGAAAGGCUGGAAAAAUUGGAACAGUUUUUGUUAGACCAGAGGAGGUUAAGGGAUUAGCAGCGAGGUGGCAAUGGUGAUUUGGAGUCUGAUAGAAGUGUUUAAAAUGAUGAUGGACCAACAAGAUGCUGCUUCCUCCAUAUUUUUCUGGUUGUAUUAUGCAACUGAUUUUUUAUUUAAAACAAAACUUUGUAUAUUGGAAACAUUUUUCGUAUUUUGGAAACUUAUAUUUUGUAAUUAAUUUCUUUUGAAUAAAUAUCUUGCUCCAUAAA